UCCGGGGAGGGCCCUUUUCUUUCUUCUUUUUUUGAAUGAACCGUGUGACGUCGGGACAGGAAACCGGGCGCGGAGCGCGGAGCAUGAACAUCACGGAGGAAGUAGAUGGAUGGUAACAAAAACUCGUAAUAAUGUGCCUCGUGAACUCCAGCUCCAAAAGGGAUUGAGUUUUGUUUUUUUUUUUUUUAAAAAAAAGAAACAACAACGGGGGAUUGGAAAUCGCCUGCGUCGCCACGCCGAGCGGGGAACACCAGCAUCGAGGGUUCCGCGUGACCGAAGACACCCCCUCAUCCAAGAAUGCAAAGCACAUCCAAUAAAAGCGCUGGAUUAUAGCUGCCCUCCCGGGCUGGCGGGGCCGCGGGGCGGCAGCGGGGGCGAGCGGGGCCUGUCGGCGCGGGCGGCUGCGGGCCCGGGGCGGCUGAGGAUGGCGCAGGCGGGGGGCAGGACGGGCUACGACCACCGCGAGAUCGUGCUCAAGUACAUCCACUACAAGCUGGCGCAGCGCGGCUACGAGUGGGAGGCGGGCGACGCGGGCGCCGGCCCCGCGCCGGGCAUCUUCUCAUGGGCGCCCGCGCGCAGCGCCGCGCCGGCCCGGACCUCGCCGCCUUCCGCGCCGCCCACGCCGCCGCCCACGCCGGGCGCCGCGGCCGCGCGCAGCCCGGUGCCCCCCGUGGUCCACCUGACCCUGCGCCAGGCCGGCGACGACUUCUCCCGGCGCUACCGCCGCGACUUCGCCGAGAUGUCCAGCCAGCUGCACCUGACGCCCCUGAGCGCCAGGGGGCGCUUCGCCACGGUGGUCGAGGAGCUCUUCAGGGACGGGGUGAACUGGGGCAGGAUCGUGGCCUUCUUCGAGUUCGGUGGGGUCAUGUGCGUGGAGAGCGUCAACCGGGAGAUGUCGCCCCUGGUGGACAACAUCGCCCUCUGGAUGACCGAGUACCUGAACCGGCACCUGCACACCUGGAUCCAGGAUAACGGCGGCUGGGACGCCUUCGUGGAGCUGUACGGACCCAGCAUGCGGCCUCUCUUUGAUUUCUCCUGGCUGUCUCUGAAGGCUCUGCUCAGCCUGGCCCUGGUGGGGGCCUGCAUCACGCUGGGGGCCUACCUGGGCCACAAGUGAGGGGGUCGCCGGCCGCCCCCCACACCUAUGCAAAAGGUUCAGAAGGCAGCGGCCCGCCACGGCCGGCUCUGCCACACGCCACGACCGAAACAGAACACGGAGCUGUGCGCUCUCACGGACAAAAGGACACAAAGCAGAAGUCGAAUCAGCUAUUUACUGCCAAAGGGAAAUACCAUUUAUUUUUUACAUGAUGAAGAAGAAGAAGAAGAAGAAAAAAAAAAGAAGAUUUAUUUAUUUAAGAGAGUCCCGCGGAACCUCCGGUCUCGGGAACCCGACCCUCAGUGCCGAGGCCACCCACUUGCCGUGGGCCCCCACCCUGCCGCCCCCAUCACCUGUGCCUCUCCAUGUGUCGGGUGCCUGAGGAGUUGGACCCGCCAAGCACGUGACUGUGCGGACGCCGGGUUUGGGCCUCUGGGGGUUAGGAGGAGGUGUGGACACUCCUAACCAGUCUGUGCUCCCGGGGCUGUGAUUUUUUUUUUCAGAGUUGGGGGCAAAGAGAGGAGAACAAAGCGAGCGCGUCUGGCUCCCGUGGUACAGACCCCAUUGGAAGAAAGAAUCCGGGAGCUUCCGGGGAACUUGGGGACGCGCCAACGUCUCUGCCUCCACGGAAGGUCGGCGCUGGGGGAACACGCCCUUCAACCAGAGGAGAGUAUUUUUUUAAGCUACCAAUUGUGCCCAGAAGCAUUUUCACGAUUUCUACGCGCUCAUCCAGUACCUUAAGCCCUGAUGUGGAUUGUGCUCUAUUUUGGAUACGCUCCCCCGUGCAGAAACUGGCUCUGCCUGUGUGUGAAACAGAAUCCUCGAGAAUGCGAGGAAGGGACUGAACCCGCAACAUCAGGCCGCCGCAAGUGCCUGCUUCGCCCUGAGACGCCGCCGCCGCCCCACGCCUGCCUGGCCAGGCCUUCCCGGCCCUGGCACGGAGCCCGCCCGGGCCCCCGCCAGCCCCGGGGCUUUGAAACGGAGCGGCAUGGGCCCGAGGGCCUGGAAGUCCCCUCGCACCCAGAAGGCUGAGGUCGGUCGAGCUGCAGCAAGCAAGACAAGCCGGGACCUGUCACCGCAGGGGGCCAGGGGUGCACCCUUGGGGGUAGGGGGGCACCCAGGCCUGUUUCCACGUGCACCCCGGAUCUGUGAGCCCAGGCUCCUAAGACUUGUCCCAGUAGGAAGAGAGAGCGAGAGAGAGGAGGUGCCCGUCUGUCUGUGUAUGGGGGCACAGCCAGGCUGGGCAGACCCCCACCCGCCCCCAGCCUCCCCGGGGACAUGCAGGAGGAGCCGAGUGGUCCCAGCCCCUGGCCGGCCGCUAUACAGCCACAGCUGCAAUUGGCAGAAACGGUGACUCUGGAGCGGGUCGUAAAUCCUAAAGGAGGUGUUGAAAGAGUAGUCAUGUAUUCAUUGACCCGUGUCUAUGGAAUUACGAUGUAAAACAUUAUCUUGUCAUUGUGGUUUGGUUUUAUUUGAAAACAUGCAGAGGGUGGGGGGUGGGGUGGGGAAAAAUGUUCCAGGUGUGGAAGGUACAUCCUGGGGCAUUAAAAAAAAAAAAAGGAAAAAAAAAGUGGUGGAAAAGUUUAGAGAAGUAGCAAAAGCUAAUAAACUAGAAAAUACUUUUUCAAGUUUAGAAUCCGCCUUGAGACAUAUGUGGAAUAACUGUGGCAUUAUUGCAUUAUAUACCGUUUAUCUGUAUUAACUUUGGAAUGUACUAUGUUCAAUGUUUAAUGCUGUGGUUGAUAUUUCGAAAGCUGCUUUUUUAAAAAAAAUACAUGCAUCUCAGCAAUUUUUUUUUUUUGUAUUUAGUUAUGGCCUCUAUUUUGUUAGCCAAAAAGGAAAAAAAAAAAAGAAAAAUCCAUUUUCCAUUUGAGGUUUCUGUCUCUUAAGUCUUUAAAAGCAUUUCUGAGGUGAGAGAAGCCUGGGUCUCGGCCCUGAGGACCCCGAGCUGGCUGUCCACUGGAGAGCUUUUCCUUCACCACGUGACCUACAUUUCACUGUCGACAGUUGUUUAUCGUCAGGCAUCUGUGAUCCGCGUCCCUCUGACCGUGUUCCUUGAAGGUUCUCGUGUCCCAGGGACAAGUCGGCAUUUUGCUCCCAUUCUUCAGGCUUGCACACACGUUUGGUUCAACCCACGGGACUCAUUCAUUGGAACAUCAAGGGACCACUUCAACUCACAUCCUUUAGGAUUGCCAACCUGUUUGGUGACACCCACGAGGUGCAUUCGUUUGCAAACCCAGAUGUGAAAUGACCAGGGGAUUCCAUUCUGGCUCUGACGGUUUGGCCUUCAGAGAGGCUAGGCUGGGACGGAGACCCAUCCCGAGCUCUCCGCCCGCCCCGUCGGGGCUCGUGUUCAGGUACUUCCUGAAAAGCAGCUGCAUGUACUCCCUCCACCAAGCAGGAAACCGUGGGAUGAAGCCAGACCUCCCAGGCGGGCCUCAGGGAACAGGACGAUCAGACCUUUGUUUGAAUGAUCCCAAUUUUUACGCAAAAUAUUAUUUUAUGAAAGGUUUACAUUGUUUAAAAAAAAAAGUGAUGAAUAUGGAAUGCAAAUCCUGUGCUGCUAUCCUGCCGAGGUCAUAUUUUAAUGGAGUCAGUUUGCAGUUUGCUCCGAGUGGCGAGAUCCUCCAAGCUGCUUUAGACGUUAACAAUGAAGAACAUGGACAUUUUUUUUUUAAUAUAAAGCCUGUUUGUCUUUGUUGUC